CCGGCCGGUGCGGUGUUCGUCGUCGUUGUCGUCGUCGUCGUAGUCGUUCGCUUUCUGUUUUUUUGCGUACACACCCACAUACACGUAAAUCCACACACACACACACACACACACAGACAUACACAAACACGAACACACAAUCACAUACACACACACAUACACAGACACAAACACAAACAUACACAUAUGACAUACAUACACAUACAUGCGUACAUUAAAUAUUAGGAAUUAAAAAAUUAAAGUGUUCUGCCGUGCACAGUGCGAUCGCUAUUUUAAAAUAUUUUUUUUUUAAAUUGUGUUGUUAUAUUUUUAUCUUCAUAUUGUGUGUCUUAUUUAGAUUGUUAAUAAAGUUUAUUUUUGUGUGCCCGUUCUGAUGUGGUGUGCGAAUGUUUAAUGACGUCUCCGUCGCCGUCUUCGUCAGCCUCCCGAAUACACCGUAUAAAUAUAGUGGAGGAUUGACGUCGCGGGUCGUACUAUUGGACGGCAGUUGUAGCGGAGGCGGCGGCGGCGGCGCCUGCAGGACUGUGGACGCGAUGUGCGUCGUGAGGGGCGACCGUUACUGUUAGCGUUGUCGCCGCCACCGUCGCCGUCGGCCACCCGGGCAGCGGUGGUGACGGCGAUCAUGGUGCCGCCGUGGUGGCUGCUAGUGGCGUUCGUGUUCGGUGGUGUCAGCGCCGCGCUCACGUCCAGCCGGGUGGUGCGCACCAAGUACGGCGACGUGAGCGGCGUGAUCGUGACGCCCGACAACCGGCGGCUGGACGCGGUCGAGGUAUUCCGUGGCGUGCCAUACGCCUCGCCACCGGUCGGCUCGCUUCGGUUCAUGCCGCCGGUAACCGGUUCACUGUGGUCGGGCGUCAAGGUGGCCGACCGGUUCGGGCCGGUGUGCCCGCAGCGGCUGCCCAACGUGUCCGAUGAGACGGCCGCUCUGAAGACGAUGGCCCGCGGCCGCAUGCAGUACUUGCGCCGGCUGUUGCCCUACCUGCAAAACCAGAGUGAGGACUGCCUGUACUUGAACAUCUACGCCCCAGCCCAAGUGAAUUUUGGAAGUGCGGAUAAAAUAUCUCCGAAGCCUGUGCUUGUGUUCAUACAUGGCGAAUCGUACGAGUGGAAUUCGGGGAAUCCAUACGACGGUACAGUUUUGGCAAGCUACGGUGGUCUAGUCGUAGUCACCAUAAAUUACAGACUAGGAAUAUUGGGUUUUUUAAAUCUCAACUCUAAUCAGCACCUCAAGUCACCGUCCAACUACGGUCUCAUGGACCAAAUAGCAGCCCUGCACUGGAUACAGGAGAAUAUAGCGGUAUUUGGUGGUGACCCUAGUAACGUAACAUUAAUGGGUCAUGGCACCGGGGCCGCUUGCGUCGGUUUCUUGAUGGCAUCGUCCGCGGUACCAGAUGUGUUAUUCCACCGGGCCAUCCUGCUCAGCGGUUCUCCGCUAAGUCCACUGUCUCUGGUCAGGGACCCUGUGUACUACGGCCAUCAGGUGGCCAAGUUGGUCAACUGUUCGCCGGAUUUGCAACACUUGCAUCUGCUCAACUGCCUGCGCGACACGCCACUGGAUCAGUUGUUGAACGCGCAGCUCCACGUGCCCGAGUUCACCACUGCGUUCGGGCCCAGCGUGGACGGUGUCAUCAUCGACGUUGGAACUGCUGCCGAGUCCAGCAGGCUCGGCGCGCAGUCGAACGGUCAAGAUAUUGGACCCGGUAGACCGCCAGAGGAUCCAAAGGAAUUGGUAUUGGCCAACGGAUUCGGGCCAGCUAUUCUUGCUAAUCCGUCGGCCCGGCAACGGUUGCUUUCCAGGUUGUCUAGAUUCGAUCUGAUGUUGGGCGUGGUGCGGGCCGAAUCGUUCUUCGCAUUUACCGGCGACGAUGUCCAAUACGGUAUCGAAGCCGAUCGGAGGACUAAAAUCCUAAAGACCUACGUCAAAAACACAUACAAGUACCAUUUGACCGAAAUAUUAGCGACCAUCGUAAACGAAUACACCGACUGGGACAGACCGGUACAACAUCCGGUGAACAUCAGAGACGAGACAUUGGAAGCCCUGUCCGACGCCCAAGUCGUAGCACCCGUGAUCAACACGGCCGAUCUCCAUUCGGCUAAUCGCAGGAACUCGUACUUAUUCGUGUUCGAUUACCAGACGAAGUACGGCGACUAUCAACAAAGACAAGGAUGUAUCCACGGUGAAGAACUGCCGUACAUAUUCGGCGCCCCACUAGUAGGGGGAUUGAUGCAUUUUCCGAGGAAUUACACCAAGUCAGAAGUCCUGCUUUCCGAGGCUGCGGUUAUUUACUGGAGCAAUUUUGCACGGACGGGUAAUCCAAAUGAGCCGCAGGACCAGGACAUGUUGCACAAACAAGAACACGGUCGGUUUAAGAAUAUCGAAUGGACUGCAUACGAGACCGUACACAAAAAAUAUUUGAGUUUAGAUACAAAGCCCAAAUUGAAAAGCCAUUACCGAGCCCAUAGACUGUCGUUUUGGUUAAAUUUAGUUCCCGAGCUGCACAAGCCCGGCGACGACGUACCUUAUUAUCAUCACAUGUUCCAAUCCGAUCUACGCGGAAUGACGUUUAAACCAGGUUCCGAAAGGACGACCAGCAGACCGGCACCGGACGUGUACUACCGGGGUCAGCCACCGGCCAUCAUGCAACAGCCCACGACUGGCAAUAAGACCACUUCCGGGACGUCCGACGGCGGGACGGCCAAUGGGACGAACGUGCUACAGCCUCCACCGGUAGUGGUGGCGUCUUCCUCGUCUUCAGAUCGCGGGGAUGGCGAUAAUGACGACGGUGGUGGUGGAAGUGGAGGCCGGCAGCUUAAAAACGGGCCAAGUGGCGACAAAGACGAUGGUGAAGGUGGUGGUCGAUCGUCGUCGGGUUCCGAUAGCCAGGACGACUUAGGCGGUGGAGGCGGUGGUGGCGGUGCGGCGUAUCAGACGUUUCCAUUAGCCUUGGCAGUGGCCAUAGGCAUUGGCUGUUCACUGUUGUUCCUCAACAUAAUGAUUUUCGCUGUGAUCUACUGCAACAAGUCAGCCGGUUGGGGUGGCAGGCGGGGUAGCAGCAACAGCAGCCGGCGGACUUCCGGUGCCGGAGGAGAUGCCGAGGACUUGCAGCAGCAGCAGCAGGACGACCGGAUCAGGAAGAUCAAAAAGCGUCCCGAGAACGGAGGUCCGAUGACUAAUUUGUGUUCUACAGGAGGAGCCACUGAGUUGUUGCAAAUGAUGGAGACGCGGCCGGUGACGCAACACCUGCAGCACCAGCACCAACAGCAGCACCAACAACCUCACUCAAUACUGAAGAAACCGCCAGUUCCUGUAACCACUGUGGUCGCCCCGAACGGCCCGCAGUCUCCCACCGACCCGGGUGCAGGUGUGUGCGGGCCAGUGGCCGCGGCCGGUAUGCCCAGGGGGGCCGCGCAACCGCCGCCCGCCGAAUUCGCCGACGUCGCGGCCCAGUGCUAUCACCCGAGCGGCAGCAUCGUGGGCAUCGGGGCGUCGUCCACGCUGCCCCGGCCCCCACCGCCGCCAAAGUGCCCGCGGCCGGAUCACCAUCACCAUCACCACGGCGGUGGCCAUCACCACCAGCAGCACCUUCACGGGACCAUCAGGAGACACGCGGCCGCCUCGUCCACGCUGCCGGCCUGCACGUGUUCCGGCCCUGUGGCCGCUGGCGCCGGUCCCGCGCAGCCGCCACCGCAACACCAGCAUCACCCGCACGCGUCUUCGUCCAACCUGGCCGUGGACGCGGCCACAGAACCGUGCACAAAGGCGGCGGCAGUCGAGGAACUGCACGUGUGACAGUCGAACCGCGGCCACCGCCGGUCGUCGGACACGGAAAUCGACCGGUUGGCCAAUGACCUGACCAGGAUAUGCGACCAACUCCGCGAGUCGUCUGGCGGCGGCGUUGGGAAUGGCGACGGAGAUGGUGAUGGUGGCGGCGGCAGCGACUUGUUCUACUUAUGACAUUACUUAAUGCUCGACGCGUUGCAAAAGUGCGAAAGUGCGAAAGUGCACACACGAAACGACACCCACUAAAGAUGUCUCUGUACAUAUUAUUAUAAUAAUAUUAUAUAUUAUUACAUGAUAACGAUAACGACAUUGUAUUAUAUUAUCUUUAAAAUAAAUGUUUCCUCGGUUCCUCCAUGAAACCACCUCUUCUCCUAUGCAUCAUCCCACUCACCGUCAACGUUUCGUCCUCAAACUUACAUUACGUACUAUCGUUGAAAUUAUUACUAUUAUUUUUAUUAUUAUUAUUAUUGUUUGAGAUCGAUAUUUUUAACGGUCAUUGUUGUAUCGGUUUUUUGUUCACGUGAAAUGUUGUUAGUAUUAUUAUUAUUAUCAUUAUUAUUGUUAUUCCGUUGGUCGUUAAUAAUUUAAGUUACCAAGAAUUAUGUUGACAUUAUUUAAUAAUUACUGUUUUUACACGUUGCGCUUUUAUGCGUUUUGAUAAAAAUCUCCGUUUUCCAAUGACAAUAUUGAUUUACCGGCAACCCGACGAUAUCGUAUCACUGAAACGUAUAUACAAUUAUUGAAUCCAUCAAAAAAAUAAAUAAACAAGUUCUUAUUAAACGGAAACCUCGUGAAUAAUAUUGUGCAUAAUAUACAACAGUAGACGGAUACACGUCAUCAGUAUAGCCUCUAACGUGCUUACAAAAUUAAUCUUAUACACUUCUCGUGAAGUGUGUUGUAUUUCUUCACAAUUCAUUAAAAUGAAAAACUUCUUAACUCGAAAUCGGUCAUGACUCAUAACUUAUAAGUGGUACUUAUAUUUAUCAACUAUUUUUUUUCAUCGUCAAAGUCCCACAAUUUUAGCGAUAUGUUACAUCACACAUAAGAGUGUAAGUUUGUAACAGUUCAAAAUAGUGUUUAAAUAACAACAAUUGCCCGAAUUCCGCAUUGCCGAACGAUUAAAUUGUAAUUUUACCAAAAGUAUAUACACUUUCAACAUUUUAAAAUCGAAUUCAAUGAUGUCUAAGUUCAACGGUUUAAUACAAAAUGUGACGGAUGUAGGUACUAAAAAACCAGAGAAUAACUACGUGCCACCGUGCCGGAAUAAAGUUUGUAACUCUGUGUGGCCAAACCUGAUACAGAAUUUACUUUUUGUUAAAAGUUUACCGACAAGAACAAACAAAUAAUUUAUUUCAUUCGGAUCUUAUUAUAAUGCAUAUCGAAAAAGUUUAAAAAUAAAAUAUAAAUAAAAUGGAAAAAAAUAUGAUUUGCCCCGAACCGAUGCAAAUUAAGUUCUCUUCAACUGUAUACGAUAUAAUAUAACAAAGUAUAACAUAGUGCAGUAUUGUUAUACGUACACAAAGUAGUUUGUUGUCGGGAUAACAACGUCAUUGGAAAAAGGAAAACGCCUACACCCGAGUCGUUCAUCGAACAUUGCUCACAAAAACCGUGAAAUAUUGAUUAAAUAUUAAAAUGCCUAAUAUUAUUUAAUGUUGUAAGAUUAAUUAAUAUUAAACGUGUGUAUUGAUGUUGUAACGAUAGAAUGCAUUAGAAAAAUUAUACUAUGUAAGAGCGGUACUGCCACUGUUAAUGGUGUACACUUGUAAUCCCGAUAAGUCCCCUAUCGAAGUCAAUUGCGACCGAAAAAUAAAUAAAUACACGACAUUAUAAUGUAACAAUACUAUGAUAUUGAUAUUAUCGCCAUGUUCUGCCGGAAGACCGAUGAGUUUCGGGUCACCGACUCCCUACAGAAAAUAAUGUUAUUCUUGAUGGCUUUUUUAAAAUGUUUCCACAACAGUAAAAUAUUAUUGAAACCUAAACUCUUUUCGUAAUGAUUUUAAAAAUACUGCUGCCACGCGCCAACACACGCCGUCUAUGUUGACCGUGUUUUCCUAUAACCGCGUUGGUGCUUUGGUCGUGGCGGUGAGGUCACAUUUCAGGAAAUUGUUUUUUUACUGAAACUAGGUACCUGCCCAUCAAAGCUGUCGUCAUAAAAAUAUUAUAAUGAAUUGGUUUUUAUGAACAUUUUUAUGCAAUUUCCUUUAAAACAUGCAGUACACCGCUGUUCCUAUUAGAAGCUUAUGAUGUUAUAACAAAUUGUAACAAUACUAUGCACUCUCCGACAAACAUCGUUUAUAGUCGAUCGAAUUUUUUAUUCUUCUUCUCGAAAAUAUCUAUAAAUCACUUGCAGGGACAAGUGACGUAAUACAAUAAUAUUUAGUAAAACGAUAACGAUUUGGUAGGUAAGGAGUAUUUACUAGUGUUACUAUUAAAACUCAUCUGUCAACCACGGAACGACAUCUGACAUAUUAUUACUAUCAUAUUAAUUUGUUGUAAUGGGGUACCUAUACGUCAUAAGAGUUACCAAAACCUCAUAAUAAAAUAAAACGAUAUUUUGUGUGCUCGCCAAUUUGUGUGUACAUUAUUAUUACCAUAUAAUAUAAUAUUAUUAUCGUAUGUGAAUAUUAAAAAAUUAAUGUGUGUACAAUGUACAUAUUUAUGUUUUUUUUUUAUAUAUAUAUAAUAUAUAUAAUAUUAUACAGUAUAAUUUACUAUUGUUACAAAUUAAAUACAUACCUUCCGUAGGUAUACCUACUAUUUGUCAGCCAUUUUAUUAAAUGUUUUUUUUCCACAUAAGCUUACACACCUAUUAUAUUAUAUUAUAUUAUAAUUUGUCGAGACUCAUAUACGAAAUCUUAAGGACAAGGAAAAGCAUUCCAUCAAAAACAGAAAAUACUCACAAAAAAUGUACGCUAUUAUUACUAUCCGAUUAGUCUUUUUAGUAAAUCUCAUUUUAUAUAUCAUACAAUUAUUAUUAAACAAUAAUAUUUAUACAAUAUUCUAAACAUGCAUGUUUUCCGUAAGCCUACAUAACAGGCCACUAUUUAUGUUAUUAUAUUACUAUUGUUCAUAACGAAAUAGUUUAAAAUAUAUAUAGUCUCUGGCAAUCAGAAAAUGUUAUAAACCUCCUACGGAACCCUAAACAAAUAGCUACCUACACGUUACGAUUAUUAUUAUUAUUAUUUUUUUUUUGAAUAUUUGGAUAUUAUCCCGUUGUUGUUCAACCACAUUGUUUAAUAACGGUUAUAUAUAUAUAUUUAUAUUAAAAUAAUUAUUAGGUAUUAAUGUCCAUGAUUAUAUUUUUAGUCUAUUGUUUCCAUUAAUAUUGUACAUGUACGAGUUCUUUUGUAUAAACAUUAUUUUUUAUUAAUGCAUUUUAACGACUAAGAUCAUUGUGAAAUAAGAAACGAAAUUAUUGAGUUUUUGUUAAUAAACUGAAUUAUUACUUGAC